CAUCUUUCCUCGGACGGCGAUCCUCCGCGCAUCUGGGUCCUCGCCGUUGAUGGCGUCGUAUUUCUCCUGGAUGUGACGGUGGCAGCCCACCAACAAUUGAAGAGUAUUUUGUUUCUCUUGAGGUUCCCCUCACGGCCUGGCCAACGAAAUCAGACCCGUGAGGGAACAUUUGAGCUUUUCCGUGUCACGACAGACUGCGGGUUGGCCGGCAGAGUUCAUCUCUAGAUCAACUUGGCUCCUCUUUCUUUCCCAGCAACCUUACACAACGGGCCCAGGAUUCUGGAAUAAACAGUCCAAGAUGCGUCGUGAGAGAAGAGCGGCGAUCAGCGCUGUCACCUUAUUCUUGGCCACCGCGUGGCCAUCCGCCCAUGCCCAGCAAUGGGACUGGGAUGAACUUGGGACCUGUCACAAGCCGGAACCGCUCGACAUAUUCGCAAUGCGCUCGGCCAUCAUCGCCGCGGUAGGCUUGUCCUCCACGGCCGCGGCCCUCGUCAGCCGCGACGGCAAGACUGGCCGUCUUCCCGCGCUGGGAUGGAAUUCGUGGAACGAGUACGGGUGCGACAUCAACGAGACUGUAUUUCUCACCGUCGCACAGCACAUUGUCGACUUGGGACUGAAGGAUCUGGGGUAUGAGUACGUCAACAUUGACGACUGCUGGAGCGACAAGGAGCUGCGCAGGGAUAAUGUCACCAAGGAGAUUAUUGUCGACAAGGUAAAGUUCCCACAGGGAAUCAAGCAUACGGUGGAUAAGAUCCACGAGUUGGGGUUGAAGGUUGGGAUCUACAGUGAUGCGGGAACUUCUACCUGCGGCGGUUUCGAGGGAUCGCUAGGCUACGAAGAAAUCGACGCCGCGACGUUUGCGAAAUGGGGUAUCGACUACCUAAAGUACGACAACUGUAACGUCCCGAAAGAGUGGUUCGACGACUGGAAAUACGUCCCCGAACUCUGGCUCGGCGGACCCCCCAACGAAGACCAAGACAACGGCGACCCCGUCAACUCCAAGACGGGUCUCCCGGCCCCCGCAGGCUACGACUGGUCAACCUCCUUGACGGCAGAACGCUACCGCAUCAUGCGCGACGCCCUCCUUGCCCAGGACAGGACGAUCCAAUACUCCCUCUGCGCCUGGGGCCACGCCCACGUCGAGGCCUGGGGCAACGAGACGGGCCACAGCUGGCGCAUGUGGGGCGACAUUUACCCAGAGUGGUACGGGCAGCACCAGUGGUCCUGGGGCCUGAUGCCAAUCUUGAAUCACGCUGCCUUCUGGAGCGGUCCCGACGUGAACGGGUUCUGGGGCCACGGGGACUGGGAUAUGCUCGAGGUCGGCAACGGGAACCUGACGCUGCAGGAGAGCAGGAGCCACUUUGCGUUUUGGGCUGCGUUGAAGAGUCCGUUGAUCAUCGGGACCAAGCUGGAGGGCAUCCAACCGGAAAUUUUGCAAAUCUUGUCAACGAAGGAGCUGGUGAAAUUUAAUCAGGAUCCGGAGUUCGGGGCCGCGGCGCAGCCGUAUAAGUGGGGCGUGAAUCCGGACGGGGCGUGGAACAUCACGCACCCUGCCGAAUUCUGGUCCGGGGCUUCGGUGGAGGGUACGCACGUGUUUGUGCUCAACACGCUGAGCGGCACGGAGAAGAAGACGGUCGCGUUCAAGGAUGUUCCUGGGCUGGAGGCCGGGAAGAAAUAUGUUUUGCACGACAUGUGGACUGGCAAGGAUCUCGGGGUGUUUGAGGACGAGUACGUCGUGGAACUGGAGAGUCACGAUACGGCUGCGUUGAGGAUCAAUGAGGUCAAGUGCGUCAAGAGGGCGGCACGGGGAUGAUGGAAGAGAAAGGGAUCCGGCCCGAGGGGGUAGGGAUGGGUUGGUCACUUGGGUUUGGGGCGUGUUCAGUAGUCUAUUGGGUCGUGGAU